AAAUAAUAAAUUUUGCGAUAACGAUGGCACCGAGACACAGGAAAAUUAACGGGUCGUCAGAUGAAUCAAGUGCCAUAGGUUCUAAUGCGGUACCCAAACCUUCAAAGCAAAAAAAGAACCAAGACAGUAAAUCUGGAACAACCUUAUUAAGAAGGUGUUGUGGUACUUUGAAAUACCUUCUUCUCCUUGUCAUUGUUCCACCUUUUUUAAAUUAUGCUUCACUUCAGAAAGAAAAGACAGAAUUAAAGCCAGAUGGAGAGCUAUAUGAUAUUGGUUGGGGACAGAAUCUAUUUAUGAAAUGUCAUGGAGUUGGUCCACCAACAGUUCUUUUAGACAGUCCAACUGGCAUGACUUCUGAUGUGUGGUCAAAGGUAUGGCCAGAAGUAUCAAAACAUGCUAAAGUGUGUGUAUAUGAUAGAGCUGGGUUAGGUUUCAGUGACAGACCUUCACUAAACAGUUCAAAAACAAAUGAAACAAACUCCAGAGAAUGGCAACCAUUUACAGUUGAAAGAAUGGCUGCUGACCUUCAUAGAUUAAUAACCAGUAGUAGUCAACAACCAAAACCAUUUAUUAUAGUAGGUGCUGAACUAGGAGCUACAGUAGCACAGUUUUAUACACAGAUGUAUGAAAGUGAUAUUGUUGGUCUGAUAUUAAUCAACCCAUUAACAGAAACAUUAUUUGAACAAGAUCAGGGAGUCUGGAGCCAGUAUUGGUUUGGUCAAUUGAUACCAACAUAUCAAACCUUACAGUUAGGGGCAGCAUUAGGUUUAACUAGAUUAGCUUUAUUAUUAGGUGUUUUAAAACAUCCUUUAGUUAAUACCAAUAUAGAUACAGAUAUAGAAUAUAGACAAAAACAUCUAUUAUGUCAUCCUCGUCACCUGAGUACAGUUGUAGACGAACAUCAUUUUAUAAAUGAUUCAUUUUCACAAAUAAAAACAGUAAGAUUAUUAAAAAGUAUAUCAAGUGAAAUAUCAGUUAGCAUUGUAACUGGUAAUUAUUAUGAUGAACAAAUGCCAAGCUCAUUAAAUAAGGCAUGGGCAAAAACUGAGCAGCAGUUGAUCUCAAAACAUUUUCCAAACGCUCAACAUCUGGUGGUGAAUGGAGCUGACCAUCAUAUGAUAUAUAAACAACCAGAGGAUGUCAGCCAAGUUAUAAUCAAAAUGAUUAAACAAUAUAAAAGUCAUGUCAAAAGUUCACAAAAUAAAAAAUAUUGAUAUAAAU